GGCACUUCAGCACCACAAGGACUGGACAGCUCCCCUUAGAGUUCCUGCUUUUCCUUCCAUAUCCAGCCAGGCAUCCUCGACCAGAAACCCUGCUUAGAAGCAGCUCUUCACCUGGGCAACUCUCCUGAUCGAGGAGCCCCUUGGAAGGAAACCUAUGAGGCAACCCAAGAUACUUUUCUCCUACCCCAAACUACCUGUGGCUUUCUGGGCAAGAUGAGAUAAAAGAUAGGGAAGUCUUUUCAAGGCAUUUUCCAGGCAUUGGAAGGGAGAGCCCUCAACCCAAGGGGAGGAGGAGGGAAAAGGGGCUGGCAGCUUUCUUGAGCCUUUUCUUUCCUUUGCUUGAGAGGAUCCACUGCUUGCAAGGAAACCUGAUCGCCUGCAAAAGCAAAACCCCAGCCCAGCGCUCAGAAGAGGCGAGCCAAGCAUCCUGGAUCCCCACCAGCUCAGGUCAGGACAGACGGACAGAACAUUAAAUGAGAAGUGAGGAGUGAAAUCACAGACCUCAUGGAACAGAAAACAGAAGAAAAAAGAUGACAUAAGCACCAUUAUAGCCAAAAUCCAAGAUGGCAGCUCAUUGCCAGCUACGGAAUGAUUCCUGUUCAAAUAGUUCGGCUCCCAUUUUCACAGGCCUGGAUCUCCUCUUCGAAUUGAAGCCUCUCUUUGUUCCUCUCUAUGCCAUACUAGUACUUGUGGCUUGUACAGGCAAUGUUCUCCUCAUUGUUCUGAUUGGUUUCACCAAAAAGUUGCAUAGCACCACAAAUUUCCUCAUUGGAAACCUGGCAGCAGCUGACCUAAUCAUGUGCAUUUUCUGUGUUCCAUUGACUGCUUCCUAUGCAUUUGAAAUGCGUGGGUGGCUCUUUGGGAUGUUCAUGUGUUACUUUGUCACCCUCAUGCAAGUGGCCACUGUGUUUGUGUCUGUCCUGUCUCUUACGGCAAUUGCUGUGGACCGAUAUAUCGUUGUCGCUUACCCCAUCCGCAAAAGGAUAAGAUGCAAGUCCUGUGUCUAUAUAGUGGCUUUCAUUUGGUUACUCUCCAUUGUGGUCUCCAUACCCACUUCCAUGCACACCCAUUACCUGGAUCUAAACAGCAUUGGUCAUGACAUGAUUAUCUGUGAAGAGUUUUGGAAACACCACAAGACAGAGAGGCGCCUGUACUCUUGCCUGAUGCUCCUGUUGUCCUACAUGCUCCCAUUGUUGGCUGUGUUGGUCUCCUACUGUGCCAUUUCUUAUCACCUUCAGAAAAGGAAUAUCCCAGGAGCAGCAUGCCACAACCAGGACAAAUGGACUAAAAAAAAGCAGAAGACUUUCCGGAUUCUUGUUAUCUCUGUCAUAUGUUUUGCUUUUUGCUGGCUCCCCCUUCAGGUGGUUAACCUGAUCAGAGAUAUUGAUGAGGAAUUUGCCAUCCUUGACAAGAGAUAUGUGAAUGUCAUCCAAGUGUCUUGUCAUGUUGUCGCAAUGAGUUCUGCAUGCUUCAAUCCAUUCAUCUAUGCUUCCCUCCAUGACAAGUUCAGAUUCCACAUCGGUAACUAUUUUUAUCACAGGAAGAGGUCAAGCAUUAUAUCCCGCAAGGUCUCCCGGAUGACCACUUGCUCCACUUUGGCAGAUAACCCUGUGGUUCUAUCAGAGAAAAUAGCACUGCAAGUUGGGCCCAAGCGUCAUUUUGGCGAAUCCAGUACAAACCUGUAAGAUGGAUCCCUGACUAUGUGCAUACCAUGAAUUAGUUCGAACCUAUAUACACAGUUUCAUGAAUCAUGAAAGAAAACUUCCUGUUUUAAUUCUGUAAAAACUAGUUAUCCAUUUCUAUAACUGCACCUGUGACUCACACUGUGUUUUCUUUAUUAUCAUGUCCUGCUCUCUUUUCUAUUUUGGUUUAACAGCCUAAGAAAAAUUCCUGUAGAGCUUGCUGAAUAUUUUGUUUGGUGUUGUUGUGUGCAUGUGUGACUACUGUGAUCUAUGGCAACUCCAUCCUAGGGAUUAUUUGGAAGGAUGUAUUCAGAA